CGCUAGGCUGUCGUAAAAUGUAAAGGUCAAAAUUUUAAAACGAAAAGGAAUUUUGAAGCACGUACACUGAAACUAUUUUAAAUAUAAAAAUCUAUUAUUUACUAACAAAUGAUCGGAAACAAAAUUUAUAUUGUAAAGUAGAGCUUCGCGCUAUUUAUUGUACUUGUCAAAACAUUACAUCGCAAUUUGUUGAGUGGAGAAUUCAGUUUGACCGUUUUAAAUGGAAAACAAUGCCUGUUAAAGUAAAUAUUACACCACCACCUCCAGCUAACUCUAAACAGCCUGGAGUCACGAAGUCUCUGCUAUACAACGGCUCAAAAUUCCAAGGCCAUCAGAAAUCUAAAGGAAAUUCAUAUGAAGUGGAAGUUGUUUUGCAGCAUGUUGAUGAACAAAACUCGUACCUUUGUGGUUAUUUAAAAAUUAAGGGUUUAACAGAGGAAUUUCCUACACUAACUACAUUUUUUGAUGGAGAAAUUAUAUCUGCCAAAUAUCCAUUUCUCACAAGAAAGUGGGACGCCGAUGAAGAUGUAGAUAGGAAACAUUGGAGUAAAUUCGAACUUUUUCUACCUUACUUGAAGACAUUUAAUUCAGAUUCGUUUGAUUAUGAGUCAUUAGAAAAGGCUGAUUAUGUUUUUAUGAGAUGGAAGGAACAUUUCCUUGUACCAGAUCACACAAUAAAGGACAUCAAUGGUGCUUCAUUUGCUGGUUUCUAUUAUAUAUGCUUUCAUAAGUCGGCAGCAACUAUAGAAGGAUAUUAUUAUCAUAGGAGCUCGGAGUGGUUUCAAUCAUUGACCUUAAGCCAUGUACCAGAACACAGUAUUCAAAUAUAUGAGUUCAGAUGAAACUUCAAACCAUGGGCACUGAUAACUGGAUGAGAAGUACUUACAUUUUCUAUAAAGGUGAAAAAGAAUAUGUCAAAUCAGAAAUGCUUCAAAAUUCUAGACUUAUUUUGUAGAAAUUUAACUGUCGAUCAAUAUUUAUGAGAUAUGAUGUCCAAAUUUGCACAUACUUUAUUUAUAUAAGAAAUCAUGACUUGAUUCUAAACACUACUAUUAUUAUAUACUCGUUUCUUAUACUGGUUAGAUUUUUUGUUUGUAUUUUUAUGUAAAGUUUAUAGAAUGUAAACGUAAGAUUUAUUAUAUUGACCUUGUACACCAUAUUGUAAAUGUAUUGUGAUAUUAUGUACAAAAUGUCUUUGCCCUUAGUGAUGUGUAAUUUUUGUUAAUAUUUUUCAUUUAGAUUAUAAUUUUUAUUAAAGUUACUUUUUAUGUAGGUAUGUAGAUGAAGUGUGUGCAAAUAUUUUUUUUGGUUUAACAAGUAUAAUAUAUUUUGUAUUAUGUUGUAGAUUGCCAACCGAUGAAGAAAGUAUUUUUUUCAAUAAAACAUUUAAUGUGAAA